AUACCUGAACCCCGGAGGGAGGGCCACAGAGACGGACACACCAUGGGGCGCCUGGAGCUGGCCGUCUUGGGCCUCACCUGCUGCUUGGCAGUGGUGAGGGCGGCGAAGCUGGGCGCAGUGUACACGGAAGGUGGUUUCGUGGAAGGCGUCAACAAGAAGCUCGGCCUCUUGGGCGACUCCAUUGAUGUCUUCAAAGGGAUCCCCUUCGCCGCCCCACCCAAGCCCCUGGAGAACCCCGAGCGACACCCCGGCUGGCAAGGUGGGACUGGGUGGGCUCUGGGUGGCCCUGGGACAUGGGUGGUGGUGGCGGCCCACAGCCUCAUGACCGGAGUAAAAGGGCUGCAGGGCAGACAGAUGGACAGGCGGGCAGUUAGACUCCACCCUGCCCAAGGGGGAGCAGGGACAGGGAAGCUGAGUGAGAGGCAGCAGAUGGCAUGGGUGGCACAGGAGCUGCAGGGCAGGUGCCAGGAGGGACUGGCAGGGCAGAGCGGAGACAGGGCCCUGGCCCCUCCCACCCUCCUGGGACACCGCCUUUGCCGUCCUGGGCUCUGCUGGGGUCUCAGCGUAGUUGAGGACACCCACCCCUGCACUGCCUGGCACCCGCUGUGCCGGGGUCCGAUGAAGGCCCUCCCCUGCCUGGCCCCAGGUAACUACGGACUACGGGACCAGCACAUGGCCAUCUCCUGGGUGAAGAGGAACAUCGCGGCCUUCGGCGGGGACCCCGACAACAUCACCAUCUUUGGGGAGUCAGCUGGAGGCGCCAGCGUGUCUCUGCAGACCCUCUCCCCCUACAACAAGGGCCUCAUCCGACGAGCCAUCAGCCAGAGCGGUGUGGCGCUGAGCCCCUGGGUCAUCCAGAAGAACCCCCUCUUCUGGGCCAAAAGGAUUGCCGAGAAGGUGGGCUGCCCCGUGGACGACACCGCCAGAAUGGCCAAGUGCAUGAAGGUCACCGACCCGCGCGCCCUGACGCUGGCCUACAAGAUGCCCCUGGCGGGCAUGGAGUACCCCAUGCUGCACUAUCUGGGCUUCGUCCCUGUCAUCGAUGGAGACUUCAUCCCUGAUGACCCUGUCAACCUGUACGCCAACGCCGCCGACAUCGACUACAUAGCGGGCACCAACAACAUGGACGGCCACAUCUUCGCAAGCAUUGACGUGCCAGCCAUCAACAAGGACAAGCAGGAUGUCACGGAGGAGGACUUCUACAAGCUGGUCAGCGGGCUCACCAUCACCAAGGGCUCCGAGGGCGCCAAGUCUGCCUUUGGCAUCUACACCGAGUCCUGGGCCCAGGACCCAUCCCAGGAGACCAGGAAGAAGACCGUGGUGGACUUCGAGACUGACAUCCUCUUCCUGGUGCCCACGGAGAUCGCCCUGGCCCAGCACAGGGCCAACGCCAAGAGUGCCAAGACCUACACCUACCUGUUUUCCCACCCCUCUCGGAUGCCCGUCUACCCCAAGUGGGUGGGGGCCGACCACGCCGACGACAUCCAGUACGUCUUCGGGAAACCCUUCGCCACCCCCCUGGGCUACCGCGCCCAAGACCGGACAGUCUCGAAGGCCAUGAUUGCCUACUGGACCAACUUCGCCAAGACUGGGGACCCCAACAUGGGCCACUCCGCCGUGCCCACGCACUGGGACCCCUACACCAGGGAGAACGGCAACUACCUGGAGAUCAACAAGAAGAUGGACAGCAGCUCCAUGAAGCAGCACCUGAGGACCAACUUCCUGCGGUACUGGACCCUGACCUACCAGGCACUGCCCACCGUGACCGACCAGGGGGCCGCCCCCGUGCCCCCCACGGACGACUCCGAGGCCGCCCCCGUGCCCCCAACGGAUGACUCCGAGGCCGCCCCUUCACCCCCUGCGGACGACUCCGAGGCCGCCCCUGCGCCCCCAGCGGACGACUCUGAGGGGGCUCCGAUGCCGAAGGUCUUUGAGUUCUGCGCCAGGAUCCUCCUGGAAGCGACAGUCUUCACUCACUCCUCCGCUGAAGAAAGCAAGAUGGCGCUCUGCCUGGAGGCCGGAGGCAAGGGGGAGCAGCAGUCGAGCCACCGAACACAGCAGUAG